AUGAAGUUCAUCAGUGCACUUACCUUCUCGUCUUUGGCUGCGGCCUCGGCCAUCCGAUCUACCACCCAACAUGCUUCCCAGGAUGCCAAGGUCAACUACGAUGGCUACCAUGUGUAUCGGGUGUCCACGGCAAAUGCUCCAAGCGAUUUUGAGUCUCGGCUGAUUGCUUACCACUCCAUUGACUUGAACGGCUUUGUAGAAGUUGCAAUUCCGCCGAGUGAUAUCAGCAGUUUCGAAACGCUAGGCCUUGAGGCGCAGCUUUUAAGCAGUGAUCUAGGCAAGGAAAUUCGAGAGGAAUCUCUGGCAGAACAGCCUUCUCCUUUAACCAAGCGAGGCGAGCUACCAAGCCUCAGCUGGUUUGACUCUUAUCACCCCUACGACGACCACGUUCAGUACUGGAAGGACCUACAUGCCGCAUUCCCAGACAACUCAGAAUGGCUGGACAUUGGCUCGUCAUAUGAGGGUCGCAACAUCUUUGGUUUGAGGCUUUGGGGUGGCAAGGACACAGGAAAUAAGCCAAUUAUCCUCUGGCACGGCACUGUUCAUGCAAGAGAAUGGAUCACAACAUUGAUGAAGAAACUGACACCAUUCGUCAAGACUGUUGAGUACUUGACUUACCAGCUCAUUGAAGGCUACAAGUCCGGGGACAAGAAUGUAACGGCGUUCUUCGACGCCUACGAGUUUUACAUUGUUCCCUUCCACAACCCCGACGGCUUUGUCUAUUCUCAAACUACAGACCGCCUCUGGCGCAAGAACCGCCAACCGCGUUCUAACACUACCUGUAUCGGCACGGACGGUAACCGUAACUGGGGCUUCCAGUGGAACUAUCCUCUUGAAGACGGCAGCGUGUCUGCGAACCCUUGUGGCCAGACGUUCCGUGGUCGAUGCCCCGGUGACACACCUGAAAACAUUGUGCUCUCAGCCCUGUCGCGUAAAUUGGCCGCAACACCAGGAGGUAUCCGCCUCUUCAUUGAUUGGCAUAGCUAUUCUCAGCUCAUUUUACUGCCCUGGGGAUUCUCGUGUGAGCCCGAUGUCCUUCCCAAGAAUCUACAGGCGCAGCGCGAUGUUGGUGCCGGCUACGCGGCUACCAUUGCGGCGACAAGUGGCGAGGAGUACCUCGUCGGUCCUUCUUGCGAGAUUCUGUACUAUUCGACUGGCUCAGCGCGGGACUUUCACCACGGCGCACUGAAUGCGACUUAUUCAUGGAGUGUCGAGUUAAGGCCGAAAAGCGGCGAUUCUUCAGGUUUCGUGCUGCCGCCCCAGUUCAUCUGGCCGACUGUCAAGGAGCACUGGGAAGGCAUCAAGUAUGUGCUCGGUGUGGUCGGUUAG